UGGUAUCUCUUUAUUUCUUGUAAAAUAAAAGAUAUAAAUUUGUCGUAAGUAUUCGACAUGCACUCCGUUGAUAUAUAUCCCCAAAUGCUAAAGAAGAAAGAGUGAUAAGUAAUUAAGAAUGGAAGAGAUGGAGUUUGAUUAUGAAGAGGUUGUAAAAGCAACGGAAAACUUCAACCCUAGAAGAAUCAUAGGCAAAGGAAGCCAUGGCAUGGUCUACAAAGGCGUUCUUUUCAACGACAGAUUGCAGGUUGCUGUGAAGAAGCCAUCUCAAGGCCUUGAAUCACUCCACAACAACUCCAAGCUCGAAAACGAAAUUCGAGUUCUAUCUUCUCUACGCGAAAGUCCUCAUGUGGUUAAUCUUCUGGGGACGAGUAGCUAUAAUGAUCACAAGAAGCUCAUCGUGAUGGAGCUCAUGCCCAAUGGUUCCCUCCAUGACUUGCUCCAUGGCCAUGCUAAUAAAACCACGUGGCCAAAACGCGUUGAAAUCGCCAUGCAAAUUGCUCGUGCAGUUCAGUUUCUUCACGAAGCUGUAGUGAUUCACAGAGACAUCAAGUCCUCUAACAUCUUGUUUGAUUCACAUUGGAAUGCUAAGUUGGCAGAUUUUGGACUCGCGGUGAAAGGAGGAUUGAGUGAACCGGGUCCUGCUCCCGCAGGGACAAUAGGGUACAUAGACCCAUGUUACACCACCCCAGAUAAACUUAGCACCAAAAACGACAUUUUCAGCUUUGGGGUUGUGCUGUUGGAGAUCAUAAGUGGUAGAAAAGCCAUUGAUGUGUGCAAAACGCCGGCUUCAAUUGUGGAGCGGGUGAAGACGAGUGAUGAGUUGAAAGAAUUUUGUGACACGAGAAUGCCACUGCCACCGAAUUACAUGGUUGGCAGCGUCACUCGCUUGUUAAGCUUUGCUGCACGAUGUGUGUCACUAAAUGAAGAAGAACGUCCUUGGGCAGGGGAAGUUGUUAUGGGAAUGGAAAUGGAGUUAAAUUGCUUCUUCAGAGUCCCUGCUUGGAGAUUAUGCGUUUUGAAGGGUGUGGUGUGGUUCAGAAACAGAAAGAGGAGGAAGAAGCCUUUUGUGAGUAUUAUAAGUGUGUCAAGUGGGAAGAAGAAGUCAUCGAUGACCAUGACCAUCAAGGACGUUUUGGCUGAUCUUACAUUCCAUUCUUGAUGACUGAGGCUCAACUCGUUUUUCUCAAUGUUCAACCGCUUUAAUACAUAAAAUAUGUUUUGUUUUUGGGCCUGCAGGGAAAGGGAAUGCACUACAAACAUUCGUACCAAGCCUAAUUAACGUGAUGGUUACGUAUGGGGUAGGCAGAGAAUACAAAGCCUUUAAGGGGAUGCCCAUGAAUCAUGAUGAUUUCGAGCUUUUUUUCUUUCUUUCUUUUUAUUCUUUAUCUUUCUAGUUUUUCUAUUGUAAAUUUAUGAUAUUUGCAUGCUCUAAUGAUUUUCUUUCAUUACUUAUUUAAGAAAAUAAAAAAAUAAAGAUUGGGUU